UGGUCUUACUUUCACAUCGUUGUUUCUGCUGCUCGUUGUGUUACGAGCUCUAGUUCACUUACCCUACCUUUGCUUAAGACUCUCGGUGCGAGGUCCCCGGUUUGGAUUGGGCUGCAUAUUGCGGUUUUGGCCUUCUCUUGCAGUUUGAGGUUCCGUUCCGUUCCGUGUGUGGCGUCGUGGCAGUCUCAACUUCGCCCGCGGGGUGUUUGCGUUCAGAGUUGAGGCGCUGAUUUCUUGCGCGCUCGAUCGGGUAUUAUUAGUUGUUGGCUGCAGAGUGUAGUGCACUGAAAGUGAUUGAGACUUCCACCGAAGAAAUAUAUCCCAAGAUAGAAAGAGUGUCUGUCCGGAUGGUACAGAUGAUUGAAAGCCAUCCCGUGUAACAUUGUGCUGAAGAAAGUGAACAAAAACAAUUCGCUUAGCCGUUGUGCCUAAAUGUGUUUAUGAUUUAAUGCACACGAGAGAGACCAUUUUGUGUAACAAAGUACGAGAUCAGUGUUUGUCUGUCCGCGGAUCAGCGCCUCAGAAGAAGGAAAAAGUGUUGUCCAAGUGUGUGGCGCAGCCGUUGAGGUCUGAAGCGUAUAAACACGACUAGCAGAGUAUAGUGGAAGCCACGCGGAGAAGAUAAAAAAAACAUAAAAAAGGUAUAUCCCAGCCAGACCCGAAUCGCGAGAGGCCAAAUAAUCUGGCCUGGUGGUGUUGUUGGGUUUGUUACACAGCAAGUCAGUUGGGAAUAGGAUUUUAGGCUCUCGACCCCCUAUAAAAUAAAAUAAAAACCGCUAGUUGCAGCAGUGACUGACUGACUGGCCGAGCCCCUCGAAAACUAGGCAAUAAUAAAAAAAGAUACAGAAACUCCUAACCGCGCGCUCAGUCGCGUUACCCCCGAAGAUCGUCGUCGUCGUCGAAUCGUGUUUAGAGCACUUUCCAUUUGGCUAAUCGUAAUAUCAACAACAACAACGUUAGCAACAACACAUAUGCCAGCCGUAUAGUGAGACCGAACGGCCGCAGUUUGCUGUAAAGAAAAAGUUGAUGUUGACUAAUCCAGCACCAGAUACCUUAGCAUGUCAGAACGCCGUGGAACGAAGGCCUUAGAAUUAUGGUGCCGCCGCGUCACCGAGGGCUAUAAGGAUGUUCAGGUCACCAACAUGAGCACCUCCUGGCGGGACGGCCUUGCAUUCUGUGCGAUUGUUCACAACUUCCGACCGGAUCUGAUAGAUUUUGCCAGUUUGAAGAAAGACGACAUCUACUACAACAAUGAGCUGGCAUUCAGCAUAGCUGAGAAGCAUCUCGGCAUUCCCUCGCUGCUGGAUCCCGCUGAUAUGGUCAAGUACGAAGUGCCGGACCGUUUCUCGAUACUCACGUACCUCUCGCAGUACUAUCGGGUGUUUAGUAAUCAAGAACCAACGAAUAAAAAAGUAGCAGAAAAGGAGUCAAAAUCGGAAAAUCUUGACACCAAGAUGGCCAACUCUGUCGGCUUUGUUGGAGUGCCCAAACGCGAACCGUGCCGGAAGUGUGGCAAUCCGGUGUUCUUUGCCGAACGUAUCACCUUCGAGCAGAAAUUGUACCAUCGGUCCUGCCUGAAGUGUGCCCGUUGCGGUGCCCAACUAACAUUGGGAAGCUUCUACGAAACGGAAACCGAUGGCGAAUACUGCUGCGAGACCUGCCCGGAUGAGGAAAUCCGGCUUAGCGAACGGCGGCGUUCCUCUCUGGCAACGCCGUCCGAAGGUGGGGACGUCGCUGUCACGUCACCGGUUAAAUCUGUUGGCGCUGAGCCGGGCAGAAACAUCAGAAGCAGUAAGCUACUUGAUAGGAUAUCGUUCUUUGAAUCGGCGCCGCUUAGCGAUGAGGAAAAAACAUCAGUGAGGCGUGCAAAGAUGAACAGUUUCCUGAAGGAUUCGCUUGAACCAGAACAGGGUAAACCAGACAGUACCGCAACGAGCAAACAGCUAGACGACUCUUCUGAGAGUGAAUCAGAAUCAGAGGAGGAUGAUGAAGUUCCACCUGAUCCACCGACAUCAGAACCACCAAAAUCUGAAAAACCACCGAUUGACUUCCAUCCAAAAGAAGUGCAGGAAGAGGCAGUAGUUUCUUCUGGACCUCAAGUCGAAAUUUCGAUUACAGAAAAUCUAAAUAUGAAUGAAGAUAUGAAGGAUGAGGAAAAAUUUAAUGUUUCCAAUUCCGAUGACAUUUUUAUCCCCGUAGAUGUAAAAGAAGAAAUCAAAAAAGUUCCAGAUAAUUUAGAAACACUGCAGAUUGACGCUGAGUUAGUAGAAAAACCGACAGAAGCAAGUGAACAACCUUCUAUAGAUACAUCGACUGUUGAGGAAAGCAUCACACACGAUGACAUGAAAGAGCAAAAAGACAUACAGGAACUUCUGGACAAUUACGAAGAAAUGACUGAUAAAGAAAAUCAACCUGCGUCCGAUGUGAUAAAUUCGCUAGAAAAGUUAGAAUUAGAAGUCAAUGACAAUCGAAUGGAAUUGAAUGAAACGGAAGUUACCGUUGAAGACAAGGAAGACGAAUCUGACGAAAAGUCUGAGGAAGUGCCUGAACUUAUUGUUCCGAUCGAGAAGCCAGAAGAAGAAACGCUGAAAGAAGAUGUGCCUUUAGCGAUUGACAAAUCCGAGCAUGUGGAAGAUGUUUCAUUACAGUCAUCCAACAUUGAGGAGCAGGAAACCACAAAAACAGAAAAAGACAGUUUGGUAUCAAACAAAGAAGAAUAUCCUUCAGAUCUGAAUCCCUUUGGAGACGACUCUGACAGUGAGAAACCGGUUAGUAAACCAGUUCCUUCGACACGUAAAAUCAGCACAAAUCCGUUCGGCAGUGACGAUGAGGACGAAUCUCAGCCCAAAGCGAACAAACCUCCUCGGCCGCCUCCUCCGAAGAUUAAAACUAAUGUUCCGGCAAAUCCAUUCGACGACGAUGGUGAAGGAGAGCCGGAUAUUGUACCGGUUAUUACCAAACCGUCUCCACGAAGGACACCAGUGCCGACGCCUAGGAAGCAGCACAAUCACAACGAUUCGAUAAGUUCGGUGGAGACUUCUUUGCUUUCGAGUCAGUUCGGAGGAUCCAGCAUUUCCCUAGCCUCAUCUAUGGAAAGUGGACCUUCAUCCGUGACCGCAAGUCGUCGUAAGAAAUCUAAAGCACCCGAAGUACCAUCGAGUUCGACAAAGUUGUCUACCGAAAACUUAUCUUCAAAUCCAAGUACUACUUCUCGCAAAAAACGACCUGCUCCCGCGCCUCCAACGCUAUCUUCAACUCCGUUGCAGCAAAAUAUGAAGUCGCAAUCUCCCAAUGCAUCACAACAACGUCUGAUCACAUUAGAUGCUAGCCUGUUGAAUAGUGACCAAGAAAUAUCGGCGCCACUAAGCAAAGCUCCAAGCAACGAUUCCGUAGUCUAUAGGCGAACAAUCAUACCACUCAAAGUGGAUGACGAUAGCUCGCUGGAAUCCACCAACACAACGGCCAUCACAAGUGAGCGCCAGUGGGAGAAGAUGAAGGACAACAAGGAAGCUCAAAAUCGCAAUCGACAGUCCCAAACUUCUCCUAACAGCUCGCAGCCAGAUUCCUACAACAGCUUCAUCUCCAACAAAUCCCAGCAGGGUAAGUGGAAGCGGCGCAAGGGUCCAGCACCGGCUCUGCCGAUGCCACUGCCCGAACGUAAGGCAAUCAAAAUGUUGCCGCUGAAGGAAAUUCGCCAGGAGCUGGAUAUCAUCGAAACCCAGCAGCAAGGGCUGGAGAAGCAGGGUGUCAUUCUGGAGCAGAUGAUUCGGGAACGGUGUGAGGGAGGCGCUGAUUCGGAAAGCAUGGACAUUACCGGUAUCCAGACGAAUUCGAAAGAGGUCGAGGACCUGAUCAUGCAACUGUUUGAGCUGGUGAAUGAGAAGAAUGAGCUUUUCCGACGGCAAGCGGAGCUGAUGUAUUUACGUCGUCAGCACCGGCUAGAGCAGGAGCAAGCCGACCUGGAGUACGAAAUUCGUCUGCUGAUGGCCCAACCAGAGCGCAACAAAACCGAUUCCGACAAGGAGAAGGAAGAGGCCCUCAUAGCCCGACUCGUUGAGAUUGUACAAAUGCGGAAUGAAGUUGUUGACUGUCUGGAAAUGGACCGAUUACGAGAGGCUGAAGAAGAUAUGAGCAUCAAACAGAGUAUCGAAGAGCGUGCCGCUUCGCAGCUGAAAUCCAGCAAGAAGGACGCGGAUACAGAAAAGCCCGUCGGCGGCGAUCCAGCAACGAAGCUGUCCAAAAAGGAGAAAAAGAAACUGAAGGAAGCGAAAAAGCUGGUUAAAUCGAAGAAAAUCGAUUCGGAGAAGGACGCAGACGAAACGGAGAGUACCACUAAGGAAAAGAAGAAAAAGAAAAAGUUCUUCGCCGACUUUUUACACCACAACAAGCAGAGUUUAUCGAGACCACUCGGGCUGUUUUAGGCUGUAGUAACAGAGUCCAUCCAACCUGGAGAUAUUGUUGUUGUUGGAGCUUAAAAAGAUUUAUAGAUACUGUUAUAAAGUCAAUUGUGUAUGCACCAAGAAUUGCAACUUUUAGGGUCCGUGACGUCCUACUCGUAGAAGAACUUAUUCGGAACUUGGCUACAAUUCAACACGCAACGAAGCGAAUCCUCAAAACCACAUCAUCACAACAAAAAAGGGAUUAUAGUUAUAAACUAUCGUCCUGAAAAAGUAGUUUCUUUAGCCAAAAGCUUUGUUCAUGUAUUUGCUUCAGAAAAGCGAUGCUACCCAUAGUUUAUCAAGUAAAAAAGCGAACUGCUUCUAGAACCUCACAUUCCAGUUGAUGUUGAAUCGUUGAAAAGUUUACAGAACAGGCAAAGUAGUAGUUAAUUAGUCCUAUAGCUAUUGCAUCAUACGUUUUUCGUCAUUGUGUACUCAUGUAUCAAUGGUUUGAAGCUUUCAUUUUGUGUUUUGUAUUUCGUCUCACCAUUUCGUAAUAUUUCAACAAAACGCAUUUAUUUAGGUAAAAUAAAAUCUAUAGAUGUGUUGAAGCAAAAACACGUAUUGUCCUAGUUUUGUCUUUAAGGCUGUAUGAUUUGUCUUAUUUUUCUUAAAUGUUUACAAUGUACGACGGUAGCAGACUGUUUUCUGUUCGUUUUGUGAAUAGGAGAAUCAAUAAAAUAAACUCAUGAGAGCUUA